UGUUGUUAAACUACUGUAACUAGAACUGCUAAAAGAGAAAGAUGAUUAAAACGUAAUGGAAUGUAAUUGAACCUUUUUUUAUAUUGCUCGAGUGUGUUAUAAUGCCUUUUUAAAGCAUUAUUAGUUUUCUAUUACAUGACAUAAUGGAUAUAUCAAUAGGAAUAAAUGAUAAACGCGCGAUAAAAGUGACAGUACCACCUCUUAAUUCUACGGAGUCACCAUUUUCAAAAUCGUUAAAAGGAAAAAAUUUAACUGGAACUCUUCGUCAUUUACGAGAUUUAGCAGCUGAUGUUCAUGGGAUUGUUCAGCAGUGGAAUGAUAAUACUCUUGAAGGAAUUAAUAUUUUAAAAUCUAUAAUACAAGAAAAGUCCAAUAAAAAUUAUACCAUUCGAUUACAAGAUUACUGUGACAGCUUAGAGGAAAUUUGUCAUACCUUGAGUAAUCUAGUAAAGACUUUGGAACAAAUAGCACAUCAGAUAAAUGUUCUAAUAAUAUUGGAUAAAACUGCAAUAAAGUUAUUUACAACUUGGCCGAUAUCAGCGUUUGGACGUACAGUGGAAGUAAUAUAUACUACUUAUAAUAACGAAAUGCAAAUAAAAUACAAAGUUCUUGAAAAUAUUGCUCAUUGUCACACAGAGCCACAAAAGAUGUUAUAUCUUUCUGCAUGGUUACAUCAACCUUUGUUACCUAAAAACGUAACAAUAUUAUUAGAAGCAAUGCUCACAGAAACUGGACAUAGAUAACUAUAAAUAAUAUAUACAUGACUAAUAUAUUCGCAUAACUUUUAUAACACAAUUAAGAACAUAUUACUUAUAUAAAUAACUGAUACCUGAGAUCAUGACAAAUCGAUAUAAGUAAAAUUAUAAAUUAAUGGAUAUGUUACUAACCUUUGCUAAUGCACUUAAACAAAGUGAAUCUAUCUUAACAAAGUGACUUCACAUCCUUAUUUUGAAAGUUUGGAAAUAAAAUUAUUUUUAUUCUCAAAUAUAGUCAAAAAAAUAUUGAUUCAUUUUUUCAAAGAAUAUUUAAAUCAAAUAUGGUUUCAAAAAUA